ACACCAUGCCUGAACACAACAUCGUCUCAAGGCUUCAGCUUUCUGGGCUGUGCUUCUUCCUCCAAAUCCUCACCAUCAUCCUCUUCGCUGCCUUUGUCCGGUACAGCCCUGAGAGCAGCUCCAGCCUCUGCUCCCAGCAGCUGAACUGCAGCUGGAGGAACCAGGGCUCGGAUCUUCAGCACCCUCGUUUCAGGGAUGUCCACCUCCAAGCUCUCCUUGGCUUUGGGCUCCUGAUGGCCUUCCUCAGCCGCUAUGGACUGGGCAGCGUGACCAUCAGCAUCCUCAUCGUGGCCUUUGCCAUCCAGUGGGCUGUCCUCAUCCAGGGAUUCUUAUACUCCUUCCUGAAUGGCAAAAUAUAUGUGGGAGCUCAGAGCAUGGUUAGUGCCGACUUCUGCACCGCAGCCGUUCUCAUCUCCACUGGAGCUGUGCUGGGCAGAGUAAACCCCGUCCAGAUGCUGCUGCUGACCCUGCUAGGUGUCACCCUCUUCACUCUCAACGAAUACCUCCUGCUCAGUCUCAUGGGGGUAAGCGACAGCGGGGGCUCCUUGACCAUCCACACCUUUGGUGCUUAUUUUGGCUUGACCGUUUCGCGGAUUUUGCACCAGCUCCAUGUGGACAAGAGGAAAAAGCAGCAGGACACGGGGCACCAGCCAGAUUUCUUUUCUGUGGUCGGAACCAUCUACCUGUGGAUCUUCUGGCCCAGCUUCACCUCAGACACCACGGUGAGUGGUAACACCAAGCCCUGGGCACUGCUCAACACUUACUUCUCACUGGCAGCAAGCACCUUGGCCACCUUUGUCCUUUUGCCUGUCCUCCAUGAGGAGAACACCGUGAAGAUGGUUCAUAUCCAGGAUGCCACCUUGGCCAAUGCUGCCAUGAUGGGGAUGGCUGGAGAGAUGUUGGUCACCCCCUUUGGGGCCCUCAUUGUGGGGUUUCUAGCUGGCCUUAUCCCACCACUUGCCUUCAGAUUCCUCACGCCCACCUUGAGCUCCAGGCUGAAAACUCAGGACACAUGUGGGGUUCACAACGUCCACGGGCUGCCGGGAAUCCUGGGCUCCUUACUGGGGACACUGCUGACCGCACUGGCCACUGCGGACACUUACGGUGGCAGGCUGGAGCUCGUGUUCCCGCUGGUGACCCAGGGCAGCCGGACAGCCAGCGACCAGGCGUUCUACCAGCUCUGCGCCCUGCCCAUCACGCUGCUGCUCGCCACGCUCGGGGGCUGCCUCACCGGAGCGGUCUUGAAGGUGAAGGGGCUGAGAUCUCCCCUGGAUACGCGGCAUCUGGAAAACACGGUCCUCCAGGAGGGCCCUUUUCUGCCCUUCUCUGUGUCUCUGUGUUGGCACAGGAGGCUGAGGAAGGAUGUGACGGCAGGAUGAGCAGAAAGGAGCCGGGCACCAGCACCUUGGUAUGAUGACCCCGAAGCCCUGGUGAGGUCCUGCACCUCGAGGCUCAACGCUCUGCUGGCAUCACCAGUGCCAAACACCUUCUGGCUGCCUCAAUGUCCCAGCUGUCUGCUCCGGAGACAGCCAGGCUUGUCCCAGGAGGAGUCAGCUCCUGGUCCCAAAGGUUUGGGGAGCUGUUGGGUGCCCACGGGCCUUUGCUGGGUGGAGAGAUGCUGCAGUGAUACCGGUGCUUGCUGUGGGAGUGACCCACCAACGCUUCAGGGUGUCCAGACUUGGCUCAGCCACAUCCUCUCUGUGCUCUGUGCCUCAGUUUCCCUCUCUACUGCUCUCCAAAGAGAGGAAGGUGAGGAGGGGGGUUGUCUCAGGGAAGGGGUGUGUACCCGGCUCCACAGAAAGCAGCUAAGAUUUUCUACUUUCACUUUUGUACACAAUUAAA